GGCGAGGCGGGCGGAAGCGGGCGGAGGGGUCUGGCGGAAGCGGCGGCCAUGGCGGCGGCGACGGCAGCGACCGGGCCCGCGGCGCCGCGUACCAAGACCAAGAAGAAGCAGAAACGGUUCGUGCCGCAGCGGGUGAAGGUGCCGCGGGCCGCCGACCCGCUUCUGGCCGUGCUGGCCUGGGGCGUCAACCACCAGAUCAGCGAGCUGAGCCAGGUCCCGCUGCCCGUCAUGCUGCUGCCCGACGACUUCAAAGCCAGCUCCAAAAUCAAGGUCAACAACCACCUCUUCAACCGGGAGAACCUACCCAGCCACUUCAAGUUCAAGGAGUACUGUCCCCAGGUCUUCCGCAACCUCCGCGAGCGCUUCGGCAUCGACGACCAGGACUACCAGGUGUCGCUGACGCGGAGCCCCCCGCACUGGGAGGGCAGCGACCGGCGGGUCCUGCUCUCCUCCGACCGGACGCUGGUGGCGAAGGAGUUGUCGAGCGAGGACGUGGCCGACGUCCACGGUCUCUUGUCCCACUACCACCAGUACGUGGUGCAGUGCCACGGCAGCACACUGCUGCCCCGCUUCCUGGGGAUGUACCGGGUGAGCGUGGACAGUGAGGAGACCUACCUGCUGGUCAUGAGGAACAUGUUCAGUCACCGCCUCCCUGUCCACAGGAAAUACGACCUGAAGGGCUCCCUCGUGUCCCGAGAGGCCAGCGACAAGGAGAAGGGCAAGGACCUGCCCACCCUGAAGGACAUGGACUUCUUGAACAAGAACGAGAAGGUCUACGUGGCCGAGGAGGACCAGAGGGACUUCAUGGAGAAGCUCAAGAGAGACGUGGAGUUCCUGGUGCAGCUGAAGAUCAUGGACUACAGCCUGCUGCUGGGGAUCCACGAGGUGGGGCGGGCAGAGCAGGAGGAAGAGGAGGAGGUGGAGGAAGAAGAGGGCGGGGGGGGUGACGAGGGGGGGACAGCAGUGUGGGGGGGCUCCUAUGGGACCUCCCCCGAGGGCAUCGGCAGCUACCUCAACUCCCACCGCCCCCUUGGCCCCGGCGACUUUGACCCCUACGUUGAUGUCUACGCCCUCCGCGGUGCCGAGGCUGCCCCCCGACGGGAGGUGUACUUCAUGGGGCUGAUCGAUGUCCUCACCCAGUACGACGCCCGCAAGAAGGCGGCACACGCGGCCAAGACUGUCAAGCACGGGGCAGGAGCGGAGAUCUCCACCGUGCACCCCGAGCAAUACGCCAAGCGCUUCCUCGACUUCAUCACCAACAUAUUCGCCUAGGGGGGGCCCCCCCCGGACCAAGACCCCCCCCCGGGCUGUGCUGACCCCCCCAUCGGUGUGCACAGCUCCUCGGGCCCCCCAGUCACCCCCACAGGUGUGGGGCCCCCCCCCAGCCACAGGCGGGGGCUUUGCUACUCAAGUGCCUUAACUUUAUUGGGGGGGGUGGGGGGGUGGUGUCUGGGGCUCCCCUCCCAAACACAGGGGAUCUGGGACCCAUCUGCCCCCCCCCCCAUGGUGGGGGAGGGGGGAAUCAAACACUACUUGCCCCAGGGUGAGGGGAGGACACCCCCUUUCUUCCCCCCUGGGGAGGUGCAGCAACCCCUCUUCUGGCAAGGGCCCAGGGUGGGGGUACAGCCCCCGACCCCACCUUCUGAGCCAGGCUGGGGGGGUGGGGCAAUUCCUUGCCCCUCCCCCUCCAUGUGGGACCUGGGGGGCAUCAGUGCCCCCCCUUUACUGCAGGCCCCAGGGGUGACCCCAGUUCCCAUGGGGGGGACCCCAGCCCUGUAUGACCGCCCCCGGGGGGCCGGUGCAGGGCUCUGAGGGGUGACCCCCCCCCCCACGCACGAGGGGGUCCGGGGGGGGGUGCGUGUCUGUCCUCAAGCCCCUGCCCCCCGUUACCAGCAGGGCCCAACCCCGCAUGGGAGGGGCUCCUCCCCGCCCCCCACUGUGUACUGAGAAAUAAAUUAUUGAAGCGGA